CUCUGGGCAGCCCCUCUAAUAACGAGCGAGAGAAAUAAAAAUAAGAACGUAAUAAAUUGACAGAAGGAAUUGCCGGCUUCCCCUUAAUCUUUGUGCACGAAGUCCAAGCGACGAGACGACGAGACUGGUGAGUAGUAAACCGCUUGGUCGGGGAGAAUAACCUAGGGGGAGAAUAUAAGCCAUAAAGAGAAAUCCUCCCUAGAAGAUGGGCCAGACAAAAAGUAAGUCAUCUGGACCCAUGCGGAGAGCAAAGAAAGAAAUCUCUCCGAUACCGUCAGAUAGUCCCCUUGGGAUCAUGUUAAAGGAAUGGGAUGAUUAUCCCCCUAGACAAAAGAAAGAUAAAUCAAAAAUGGUAUAUUAUUGUACAAAAGUGUGGGGAGGACAGCAGAUCCGACCAGAUAAACUAAUAUGGCCUGUAUAUGGGUCAUCUGAAGAUUGGAUAUGCCAAGCUUUGAAUUUGUGGGUUAAUGAUAAGGAACCCUGGAAUCCUGAAGAAAGCGAGUAUGCAGAGUUAUGGCUAAGCCCCAAAACGGGAGGGCUAUUUCCCCUUAAGGAGAAAAAGGGGGGAAAAGAAAAGAAUGAACAAGGUAGAGACAAGGUUGAGGGGGUGGAGGAGGAAGAGCCGUGCUUAUCUCCCCCACCAUAUGUGCCACCUCCUCCCCCUCCAACGCCCGCAAUGCCCAGGGCAAUCCCAGACAGUGACCAUCCUCUCCCAUCCACUCCUCAAUUAGCGGAGGACUCAGAUACAGGCUCAGACUCCUCCCAGGGGCCUCGAAGGUCCUUGAGAAGGAGAACCAGGAGGCAGGAUGAAAACUUUAUGUACCCGUUACGAGAAAUCGCCCUGGGUGGUCCUCAACCCCAGAUGGGAUUCGUAUCCAUCCCCCUUAAUUCAGAAAAUGUAAGAUCCUUUAAAAAGGAGAUGGGAGCACUGUUAGAAGACCCGCUGGGGGUUGCAGAAAAGGUGGAUCAGUUUUUAGGGCCAAAUACGUAUACUUGGGAAGAAAUGCAGGCAAUUUUGGGGAUUUUAUUCACUACGGAAGAAAGGGAGAUGAUUAGGCGGGCUGGAAUGAGAAUAUGGGAUCAGCAACACCAGCAGGGACCAAGGGCUGAUACUAAGUGGCCCCUGCAGCGACCUAAUUGGGAUAACCAGAAUGAACAACACCGAACUCACAUGCAGGACAUGAGAAUAAUAAUGAUACAGGGCAUUAGAGAAUCAGUACCAAGGGGACAGAAUAUUAGCAAGGCCUUUAGUGAAUUCCAAAAGAAGGACGAAACUCCUACUGAGUGGCUAGAAAGGCUAAGAAAGAGCUUUCAACUAUAUUCUGGGGUAGACCCGGAAACCCCUGCAGGGCAGGUGUUACUCAAAACGCAGUUUGUAACUAAAUCUUGGACAGAUAUUCGAAAGAAGUUAGAGAAAAUUGAGGAUUGGCAAGCUAGGGGACUGGACGAGUUGUUGAGGGAAGCCCAGAAAGUCUAUGUGCGGAGAGAGGAAGAGAGCCAAAAGAAGCAGGCACGUAUGUUAGAAAAAGUAGGGGAGCGACAAGCUCGUAUGUUGGUAGUAGCCUUAAAAGAAGGGCAAACAAGAAAGGAUGGGGAUGGAAGACCCCAAAGGAGAGCUCUGCCGAGGGUACCCCAACCGGGGGGUGAAAACCCUCAGCGAGAUAGAAGGGAAAUGAUAUGCUUCUACUGUGGCGGAAAGGGACAUAUGCGGAGGGAGUGUAGGAAAAGAAUAGCUGAUGAGAAAAUGUUUCAAGAGGAUUGACGGGGUCAGGGGCUCUAUUUGUUGGGGACCCAGAGAGGGACAGAGCCCUUGAUAAAGUUAAAAGUGGCUCCCCUUAAGCAAGAACUGGAAUUUUUGGUAGAUUCCGGAGCCGAAAGAUCUACCCUACAAAAGAUACCCAAGGGAUGUGGAAAAUCCUCGGAAGUUAUGUAUGUAAUUGGAGCCAAAGGAGAACCUUUCCAGGUGCCAGUACUCCAGGAUAUCCCCAUAGAAAUAGGGGAAACAGCACAGAGAGGGAGCUUUUUAUUAGUACCUGAAGCAGAAUAUAAUUUACUCGGGCGGGAUUUAAUGAUCUCAAUAGGUAUAAAUGUGCUGGUAGAAAAUGAAGGACUUUGUGUAAAACUAUGCCCUUUGCGACUCCAAGAUAAAGAACAAAUUAACCCUGAAGUUUGGUACAACCCAGAGACUAUAGGGAAAUUAGACAUUGAACCCUUCAAGGUGACAAUAAGGAAUCCGGAAAAAACGGUAACGAUUAGGCAGUACCCCAUCCCGGAAGAAGGAAGAAGGGGACUGAAACCCGAGAUAGACAGACUAGUAAAAGGAGGCUUAUUGGAGCCCUGCAUGUCUCCUUUUAAUACACCUAUAUUGCCAGUUAAAAAGGCUGAUGGAACCUAUCGACUGGUGCAUGAUUUAAGAGAAAUCAAUAAGAGAACUAUAACCCGUUUCCCAGUAGUGGCCAACCCAUAUACCAUUUUAAAUCAAUUAGAUCCAGAAGAUAAAUGGUAUAGUGUAAUUGACCUAAAAGAUGCAUUUUGGACUUGUCCUUUACAAGAGGAGUGUAGGGAUUAUUUUGCAUUCGAGUGGGAAGACCCAGAAACCCAUAGAAAACAGCAGUUAAGGUGGACAGUUCUCCCUCAGGGGUUCACCGAAUCCCCUAAUCUGUUUGGGCAAGCUUUGGAGAAGAUCUUAAUGGAUUAUAAAACAGAGGAAGGGAUAACACUAAUUCAAUAUGUUGAUGAUUUGCUUUUAGCGGGAAAAACAGAGGAAGCUGUGAGAAAGGCUAGCAUUGAGUUAUUAAAUUUCCUAAGCUUAAAAGGGUUAAAGGUCUCAGAGAAAAAGCUACAAUUUGUGGAAGAAGAAGUAAAAUACCUGGGUCCUAUACCCCUGUAGGUAGUAACAUACAAUUAAAUAAGAGAGUAAAGGGUAUCAUUUUCCAAGCUUUACAUAACCUCUUCUUGUGCAGCGGACAUAAAAUCAAUUACAUUUUUCUAAGGAAACCUGAAGCCUACCAGGAUGUAGUAACUAAAACCAACAAGACAGAAAAAAUGAUACUGCAGUUAUUUACACACAAAUCAUUAUAUUAAAAUUAGUAAUUCUUUACUGUAUUGGAUGGAAGAGACAGUGGCAGCAAAACAAGUAUUAAGGUACUUAAUACAAAGAAUUAAACAACGAAAGCAUUGCUUGACUGAGGGCUAAUUAAAGCCACUUCACCUGUGCAGCCAUGAAGAUUAAAUGUUUGCAUUAGCCACAGAGAAACUAGCUGAGGUCUGUACUGGACUACAAUCUUCAUACCUGUUUGCGAAAUAGUAUCCAGAAAUUUUGGAAGAAGCAGUGAGCAUUCUGUUACAAACAGCAUGUUUAACUACACUAAGGCAGAUGUGUAAUUUGUUGUUAUAUGUGGAGCGUCUCCUUUACAUUCAAAUGGUAGUCUGAGCAAGAACAUGUUUUUCUGCUGGACAGAAAGUCCAGGCCUUUCCAAACAGACAGAAUUUGAUCUUCCUCAAAACAUGAGGUUAGUCUGAACCCUCAGGCAGUACAGAUUACUGCAGCCUGCUUCAAGCCAAUUCUCUGGUUAGGAACUCUGCUCUCCAACUUGCUUCUCAGUAACUUAUACCCACAGCAAAUAUUAGCAAAAGGUCUUGAUCUGGAGCUCCUUUGCUGCUGGCGGGACUUCCUCUGGGACACAACCUCUGUUUUGGAACUUGUUCACUUUUAACCUCUUAAUUCUUCCAAGGCACAGAUUUGUUAUGGUGCACAUGCUGCAGACAUAAGGCAUGUUGCACAGCCCACCACUUCUCAGGCUAUUUCUCAAGAGCAGACUGCAAUGAUUAACUUCUCAGUCCCUGCUUAUCUAAUGUUUUUAUGCAAAGAGAAAAACAAUAAACAAACUUCAUGUUGCAAAGCACCCAGGCAGAGGGAGAUUUCAUAUGCAUGGGUACCUGAACCAUCUCACACUGGGGACUCAGGGAAAUGAGGCCAUUUAGUUUUGGACAAAAAGAGAGAGAUGAACUAUGAGCAGAAAUGAGAUCAGUGCUCAAAAAGAAAGAAAGAAAGAAAGAAAGAAAGAAAGAGAAACAAACAAACAAACAAACAAACAAACAAACAAAGAAACAAAGAAAGAAAGAAGCAAGCUGUUUUCUGAGUGCAUACCGUAUCUUACAAUGCAAAAGAGGAGGGGGAACUAAAGCUUCCUUAGCCUGUCAUCUGAGUCCCCCUAGGAAAUCAUCCUUGGUCUGUCAAGUAAAACACAUCAAACACAUACUAGACUCUUGAUCCUGAGGAACUUACAAUUCCAAAAGACCCUUCAGGACCUACUACAGGCACAUACAGAACUAAUACAGAAUAAGAGUAAAAAGUGCUAUUAAAAGAUAACAUUAAGGAAAAGACUUUAUUCUGGAAUUUUAAAAUUAAAUCAUAAUAGUUCACAUACAGUCCUUAAAUAUAAGCUUACCAAAUGCUGUACUAUUGUAUAUGUACAGCAAAUGUCAAAGCAUCUCAGAUUAUUUUGAGGUGAUAAAUGUCAUGUCCCUUGAGUAUGUUGUAAGCAACACUGCUUCUCAAAUAGUAAAUACAUUGUUAUUUUCUAUUGGAAAAAUCUUAUAAUUUUAAAUUCAAAAUAUUUAAUUUUACCUCAUUAAGGUUCACAAACUAAUUCUUUCAAGACAACAACUUUAAACAUAGCAUGAAAGGAGGAUUACACAAAUAUUCCAAAUAUAUACAUAAAGAGCUCUGUAGUUCAUUUAUUUAUAAUUUCCUUUUCUCUCAGGGAACGAAUCUAUCAAAAGUUCCAUAAAGGUGAAUUAUGAGACAACUUUUUAAAGCAAACAGUGAACCCUCAGCUGUUGAAACAAUGAAUCUUCUAGUGUUUCCUAUAGAAGUUGUUAGAUCAAGUUCAUUAACAUAUUUGAUGUUUUAAUGUAUUAUGGUUUUCUAUGUAUUUUCAGUAAAAUGGGACAUAACACUGUCUUUUCCAAAGAGAGCUAACAAAGCUUAUCCAGAAUAUUCUUUUCCACAAUUGCUUUAAUAUUCUCAUCCAAACAUUGUGGAUAAUAGACGUCAUUUGUGGAAAACUAUGUCCAUUUUCACACCACAGAUAACUUCCAGCAAUGUAUACCAUGGCUCUCAUGGUUCUACACAGAGUUAUCUCCUAGUGACGGAGUGACUCAGAAACUCUGUUUAUUCUUUUUUGAUUCUUAAGACAUUGUGUUAAUGUAACAUCAAGGAGGCCUUUAGGGACCUUUGAUACUUCCAAACGUAUAGCUUGAGAAUCAUUGCUUUCAAAUGCAGUUCUUUCCCUAGCACUCUGCUCCCAUAACGUUCUUAAGUGCACUGUAUUGCUUAGAGGGCAGAGCACAAAACUGAGUGACAAAAAGGAUUAGAAAUAAAGAGGAGAUGUGACUCUGAGGUGGAAGGUUGAAAUAAAAGGAACAGACAGAUCAAUUAGAAGAACCUUGAACUUUUUUCUGCACAUCAGCAAGCAUUCAACAGCAGAAGACAGAUGCUGUCUGUCCAGCAUUGCCCAAUAGCUAAGGCAGUGUCUGGGCAAUGCAAAUAUGAAUCCCAUCAAACAGAGGAGGGACUUCUUUCAUAUCAGUCAUGAAUUCCCUCACAUCAUUAGCACCUUCUACUGUUCCUGAGCUGUUGUGUUUAAAAAGAGGAGAAUAAGCAAAGUCAAGUGUCUGGAGUCCAGUUCUCCUUCAGCUAGUGACAGGCACUUGCCAAAGAACAAAGACCAAGACUUUUCUGCACUUUAUUUUAUAUUAGACACUGGAAACCAACCAAAGCCCCUUCAUAUCCUGAUAUGAAGCGCACGAGUGGACUACAAGUUAGGUCUCCCAUGCUGAAAUUUCACUGAAGCUCUAACAUAAAGGAUCAUGUUUUCUUUGCAUCUCACGCUUUGUGACUCUCCCAUGUAAGCAAACCACAGCCUUCACCAGAACUCUUCAUUCAAAUGCGCAGCUACAUAAGCAGGGCUCCAGGACAGAGAAAAGGUAACUAUACUAUCAGCAAGUUAAGUGGUCACUUUAUAAGUCAUUACUGAAAGGCUUUCAGGGACAUCUGAGCCUCCACUGAAACUACCUAUAUGCUCUUCUCAAUGCUUAGGUAUAUUGCAGGAUUUUGCAACCCAUCGACUCUGUGGCAACUGAUCAGUGUUUCAGCAUUUUGCUGCCCGGGCAAUUCUCGCAUUAAAAUGUAAUCAAUAAAAUUCUGUAUGCAGACUUGAUCUAGCUUCAGAAAGGCAUAUAAUUGAAUUAUCUACUGAGUUGCAACCUCACAACAAACUGCAGAUGUUGCUCCUUGUAACUUACUCGGUUAAGGACAGGUAAAGUAUGAAAGCAUGUUACUGAAAAUAGGGAAUUCUAUUAAUAUGUCUACAUCUAGUACAUUUCGGUAUGACUUGAAUUUCUCCAGUCUUCCCAAUCUAUUAGCAGAGUAGCUUUGAGGAUAUGAAUAAAGGAAAAGAAUUAAUGAGAGAGGAUACAGUUUACUCCACUAUCCCUAUCUCCUCUCAUUUGCUAGUAACUGAAGAGCUCAUUGGUUAUUAGAUAACAGAAACCAAUCAAACUAGCCUUUGAUACAUAAAUAAAAAAUCAGAACUAUAUAAACACUACAGGCUAUAAGAUGGCUUUUGUAGAUUUGUUGGAUUAGUAAUCUAAAGGAAAGCACCUAAACCUGAUCUGAAGUUUACCCUACAAGUUUGUCAGCCAGAUUAUUCAUGAAGCCCACCUCUGUCCCAGCCACUAGCUAACUCCCGUGGUCAGACAACUAUUCCCACCUUCUUGGCUGGGGACGAUACCUAAAGUACGAUGCAUGAGUAAAACCUUUUAUCUUUAUUCAAAUCUUGGCAUCCUUGUUUACAGCAGGGGCAAAACAGAGCUUGAUUCUCCUUUGAAGGCAAUAGAAACUGCUACCCUAUACCAUUAGGGACAUUGAUUUUUAAUAGUAAUAUGCACAUGAGCUAAAUACACAGAGCUGGACUUUCCCUGAGUGCUUUAAGUAAUGAGUUGCCAGCUAGAAGGAGAAAGGCAACAGCUGUGGACCUAGUGCAAAUAUUUGAAAAGAAAGGCCAUGCUCCCAGCUCUAUCCCUAACUUCAGGCAGCUGAGUCUAGAAAAGGGUUCAGAGCCCUUGAUCAGGGGAGAGAAGUAAAGAGAGGGUCUUUGUAGUCCAGAAGACAUUUGAAUGCAGAACAAGACUUCGCAUCUUCUGGUGGAUGGUUUAUAUUAUCCCCUUCUAAAAAGCUUCCUAACCUUUGAGAACUCCAUCUUAGGUGCCUCGUUCUCCCAUAUGGUAUAUGGGGAAGCUCACAUACCCAUUUCAGGACUGAGACUGUCUUUAAGCAGUUAUGUGUGCAUCUAGUCCAAGGUCCUUUCAGGUAAGCUGAGGAGGAGGAGAAAGAAGAGAGUUGUGCUUUUCCUUAAGCUUCAUCCCGAGACUCAUUAGCACAGAGUUAUGCAAUGUUACAACACUUCAUGCUGACAAGCCCCAAUAUCUCAGCACACAUCACAACCAGAGGACAACAUAUUUCGGCUUAAUUUAACUACUACCUCAUCCCAUAGCCAGCUUGCUUUCACUACAUUUAUCCUAUUAUGAAAGCAAAAGUUGUUAACAUCCCAAUGCAUUUUUUUUAUUGCUGUUAUGGUAAGAGCCUGCAGAUAAAUAACUGGAGCUUUCGGAAUAUACUGGUAAGUAUUGUGGUGAAACAGUCACACAGACAAUUGGACAGGAAAAGUGACAAAAGGCUGAAAUUCAGGGAUGACAUUCAAAUCCAUUCUGUUAUUAUGUUGUUUAUAGCAAAGCCCUUGGCUUUGCAGUUUUUAAGGGUCUUGCCAGCCUUUCCAUUAUAUGUUCUUAUUUUCAAGGAUCUGUCAGUCACAGAGAUUCACUCCAGGCAGAGCGAGAACUGUAAGAGACUAAAAUUUGUCCAAAGGCAGAGAGCAUUGUUUACAGCUGAUAAAUUCACAGCUGGACCAACUCUCUGCUUUAACAAUGUCAAAAAUAAAUGGAGAAAUAUGUCUUCCUAUAAAACGAAGCACUAAAGAACAAAAAUCUUUAACAUCAUUUACUAUAUCAGAGCCCAUUUGUUACAAGACAACCCUGGGAAGCUCGGAAAGAAUGUUUGAACUAGGUAGAUUAGGAUAACUUCUAUCUCUGUUUUCUAAAAAAGAAGCAAUCUUUAAUCAAGGGCAUCCUAGAACUGCUAAUCCUUAACUGAAUACUUGAACUGUAAAUUAUUGAACUGAAGCUGUCUAGAGGUAGUCACUUAGAUAAAACUUGCUUAGCAUGAGUAGCUACAUUUGCUGAAGCCUUAGGCCGCACUCCUAGUUCAGUAAGAAAGGGCCCCAGAGCUGGUGCAGGCUGGAAAGAUAAGGGAGUUACAAGCACUCUGCAUUCGUGUGCCCCACACUCCAAAAGGGAGGAUAUCAGGGCUUUGAAAUAAGGCCUGCUUGGGUGCCAGGACGUUGGGAAACAAAGCGUCCUCUCACUGCUGAAACAAUGUUAAUUAAGGGGUCUGGACUAUCUCCCGCUUCGUCAGGACCUUGGGAGAUAACACCUACUGUCCCUGCUGGGGCAGUGUUAAUUGCUGGAAUUACUAUCUUCUCCUCGUCAGGACCUUGAGAGACAGGGGUGGGACCGGGGAAUGAAGAAAUCACUAACCAAUCAGUGUAAAAGGGAAAAUUGCAAACCUGGCAAUUUGUUUGUAUAAAUGCUACUUGAAAAGUUGGAGGGGUGUGCUUGAUUUGUGGGAAACCACCAAGCACCCAGGCUUGCGCAGCUCUGAAAUAAAUAAGCAAAUGUCUCUCCUGAGUGUGUAAUUAUUGGCUUAUUGCACACCAGGCAACGAAUCCGCUUUUCGGACAACACAUUGAGUGUUAAAAUGCUGAUGAACAAGAUAAACAUUUCAGGCAGUUUUUCAACAAGGCCGCACGCAUUUUCACACUCAUCCCCAACUCAGAAUUACAAAGUAGGAACAAGAGUAAUUUGACAUUUGUACCCACAUGCUGAGACUCUGCCUGCACAGAAACACAGGUUGGGCUCAGUUACAAGCCCAGCACUUUUACCACCUCUAAGAACCUGUUUCUAGGUCUUCUGAAGUAACAACAAUCUAAGUAAAAUGGAUGGUCCUAAGCUGUACGUAGAAACCCAAAUACCCACAAGCUUUGGAUAUGGUCACACUUCAGUUUGCAUGUGUGUAUGAGAACGAAGCACCUACAAAACACCUCUGGAAAAGAGGGGCAUGAUAUAAGCAUACCUUAAAUAUACCUGAAGAAACAUUUUAAAAAUAUAAUUCUCUCAUAAAAAGAUGCAUAUUACACUGCCUGAUGAACACAGCUGUAUGUUUUCAUUUUUUAUGAUUAUAAAGAAAAAUUCAAAAGAAAAUGUAGCUCUUCUCUUGCCCAAAGAAACUUUUCCAACACUCUCAUCAUAUGAUUCAUAUCUAGAAAAUACAGAAAUGUUGAUUCACAUAAUCAACAUCUGAAUAAAGUCGAUUCAAAAAUAAGAAAUGAGAAAUUAAGAUACAUAAUGCACAAGCAGCUUCUUUAACAAAAAUACUGCACAUUUCUGAAUGCUAUCUUAAUUUCAGAUAUGUAUAUAUAAACUUAAAAGUCACAGAUAUUUGGAUUUAAAUAGCUUACCAAGAUUUCUUUCUUUAUUUACUUGUAUCCAUGGUACUCUCUGCUUGCCAGCAAGGGAAAGAACAUAACACUGGGCUGGGAGAGAGGAGAGCAGGUUCAAUUUCUGGCUGUGCUGCUCAUUCCCUGUGCAACCCCAGACAAGGUGUUCUGCUGCCCUUCUGUAAAACGGUGCCAUAGCACUUCUUCCUGCCUCGAGGUGUCAUGAAAUGCUCAGGGACACGGGGCAGCAGAGUCAUCAUGUUAGAAAAAAGAGGAAGCACAGCUAGCUUCCAACUCAGAAAGACUUUUUUGCUACUUUAUGAAUUAAGUGACAGUAUCAGCUCUUGUGGGGACACACAGAACCAUUCAAGCUUUGGAAAGUGCAUGGAUUUUCCACAUCUUGUAGACUAUAAGCACAUUAAAAACCAUUUGCCUGAAUGUUUUGAUUACAGUCCAUUCCUACAAUCUUUACAGAAAUGAGCCUUCCCAAAGCAUUCAUAGCAAGUCGCAAACCGUCUUGGACAUGAGCAGCAGCAAAACAGUCAGCCUGUUAGAUGUGAAACUUGUGCAGUUAUUUACACAAGUUAUCUUUUCAGCUCGCCUCCAAAAUCUAAACCUUAGAUCUCUAGCUUUCAACCUAGUUACUGCAGAGAUCUGCAAACAGUGGGAGGUCUUCAGUUAAUACUUUUGGCACAGCAGCAGGAGACACUAUAACUGCCUCAGCUAAAUUCCUUCAUUUAUGUGUGUGCAUCACUGAAUAAUUUGCAAUUAUUUUUAAAUAUUUGCUGGUGGGUCUUUUAAAAUAUAUUUAUAGAAGUAACAUUUCGUGCAGCUCAGAAACUAUAAACUGUGCAGUCUGUUCAUUAUUGUAUUGUGGGUUAUACUUCACUGACACUGCAAUGACUCUAAUGGAAAUGAAUCCUAAUACUUUUAUUGCCAUGUAAAUUUUUACAGAGUUUCAGACCACACAGGUACUCUCCUUCAACUCUGUGAAGGGUCAGCACGAGCUGCUGCGUUUCUAUCAGUUUAUCAGAUGAAAGAGAAAUUACUAAGCACAUAGAGUAUACAAAUCAAAACAAGUACUCUGACCUCCUGAUAUGAUACUCAGACAAGCCACUGUGCUAAGAUUUCUUUCUAUGUAAUAUGUAAUCUUAACAUACCCACGCUCGGAGUAAUUAGGAAACAUUCUCUAUACUGCUGUCUCUAAGUGAAGAACACUGCAAAUUUUGACAGCUUUGCUGUACCUUGCUGUGCCUGCUUUCCUCCGUCAGGGCAAACUGCAACUAAAUAAUCUCAGAAGAGCAGUAAGAAGGAUGAACAAAAAUUCAUUCACAUAAACUCCUAAAAUACCCCUGGCUAAGAACUUGGCUGAAUUGGAAAGUUUCAUGAAUAACAACAAUUUUCCUCGCAGUUGAGCAACUCCAGUUCUGGUACAAGAGGGGAUUUUUUUAAAUUAUGGUUUCAGCCCCUUUCAAGUGACAUUUGCAGAGGUGGGGGGAGGGAACGACUGCAGAAAGUUGUUUUGAAAGCAGGAAGAAAGAUGCACUUUUAAGGUUUAAAAGAAAUUGUCAGUGUAAUUAAAAAGAUUCAUUUUAAAGCCUAUUUCUGGAUAUCUUUAUGCAGAUCAUAGCUGUGCAUUUCUAUGGGAAAGAUGUGUGAUCUAGAGUCAAUGGGCCCAGGAGAACUCCUUUUAUAUCAGCUAAUGAUCAGUAAGAAUGUGCUGGGCUCAAGUAAUUAUUUCUGCCUUAAAGAGAAGACCAAAGACUACCUAACAUAUUAUGAUAAGUAAAACGAGUCUCUUGAAGAAGUUGAUAUAUGCAUCCAAAUUUAAAUAUGAGGCUUUUGAAAUACUAUGCAACUGAUGCAGGAAAAAACAAUCGUGAAUUUAAAAAGUAACUAGGUACAUUCACUAAUUACUAACUAAAUCAACAUGAAAUCUGGCCUGAAAAUAGUAUAAUGAAUUUGUAAGGAAAAAUGCAGAAAUUACCAAGAACUAACAUUUCUAACAAAAGCUGAAAAGUUACAGUAGUCACGAAAGUUCACUUACAAUAUGGAGCUUUCCAAUACGUCAUGCAACAUCUAACACAUUUUGGAUGGAAUGGAGGACUGUAGAAGACUAUUCCUCUGCUACACACAAAACAGGUCGCUAACUUGCCUUCACACACUUUUCCACAAAAUCACUUGAGCCCUCUAGUCAGAGCAUCCUUCUCAAGUACUUGAUUUAACCACCACCUGAAAUCUCAACAGAAACUUAAACCUUUUCAUGAAUUAAAUUGAACAAUGAUUUUAUUUUAACAUUUAAUGAAAUUAAAAGCAGCAAGACUGAAAAAGAGCAGAGUAGCCUACUUCGAGUGUAGUCACUUUCUCUUUAGAGCGCUAUUAAGUAGUGUGAUUGUACCGAAGGUAGCCAUUAAAAAUAUGAAGUAUAAUAAAGGGAACAGUUUCAGAAUAAUCGCCAUUACCUUUUUUAAAGCUGCAAUCGGUUAAGAAGCAGUGAAGAUAUUUAGCCAAGCUCACUUAGAAACGAAUGCGAAGUUCAAAAUAUAAUGAGCGUCACUAAAUUCUGAAUUGUAUUUAGCAUAUUUUUUGCUUGAUAACAAUAAUCAGGGCAGUGAUUAUUAAAAAAAGAAAAGAAAAAAGCAAAGGGGAUGGGGGUGUUGAGUUCAGGAGUGAAUCGUGCUGUCUCCACAUCUCAGCCCAUUUCUUCCACUGCUAGGGAGCUCCUCUGCAUUACACUGCCGGCAAGACAGCCCUAAACCUGAGGUGGCCUUAGAAAGGAGGAUUACUUCAGUGCAGGGGAGCCCUCCAGCGGGACAGAGUUAUUAUAGCGACUUCUUCGCUGCCUCUGGCUCCAGCUUGCAGCCUUGUCUGCUGAUGUCUGCUGCGCAGAUGAACCCCUCGGGGAGUCAGCCCUGAUCAUCGGGAACAAUAAACGCGUUGUUCCAAACCACACGGGAAUUGUCCAGCAUGUGUAGAAACCAGCAUCAAAAAAAUCAAACAAAAACACCCAUUUACGUUAAAGCCGCGAGCCUGUCCAUGAGGAGGGCAAGUCCUUUGGUUAGAGCCUCCGUCUUUGCUCUCAUGAGAGCCAGGUUCAAGUCUCUGAUCUACCGUGGGGCUGGGAAAAGCACUGGGUCCUGAAUGCCAGAAAGGUCACUUCACUGCAGAAAGGCCACAAUCCAAAUGUACAGGGCAGUUUUUAAAAUAAAUACAUUCAAGUCUGCUGAAGCCUGUGCAAUGGUACUGCAUUGUCACACUAUCCUGGAAAAACAUAGUAUAACUAGAUAAAGAUAGUAUAACCAGAGAAAUAUCACAGCAUUUCCAAAGAAUGGAGGCACAGAUGAUACCAACCUCUUCCUUGGUUUAUUUUUUCUUAUUGUGAGCCCUUAACUCAUUUCUCAGCAGAGGCUUUAACUAUAAAGACUGAGAACAGGGACACAGCAGAUCUAACUUUUUCUUUAGAACUGCCUGUGGGUUAAGGCCAACGUUAAAAGCAUUGAUCAGAUGCCUAUCUGUCCCAUGUCAGGGCACUUCACAAAGUUCAGAUCUUAAGCAUGAGAGAGAUCUCCGGGCACAAGAGGGAUCUGCACAAGAGGCACGAAGGGAUGACAUCAGUCACUUGGCAGAGCCGAUGUUCACAGCCCAAGGGAAGAGUGCUCAUAGGAAGAUAUUUUAUCACAAAGCAAAUGUGAUAUUUCUGGUUGCUCAAUCUGUUCCCACUCAACUUUUAUUUUGCUUCAUAUUGACUUUUGUGGGGGCUGUGUAUAAACGUCUGAGGACAAACUCGGUCAAAGAAAUAGAGUCAUAGAUUGUUUGCUUUUUAUGUGCUUGGAAGCAUGCUAUUUUCUUAAAACAGUCCACAUCAAGCUAGCUUUUUUGUGCUCCUGUUCUUUUGCCCACUGGUUUUGAUUUGACCUCUAAGUUUUUGAGUCACUUGAGCAUAUAAACCCUUGCACUACAUGCACAUUACACAGCUUUCAGUCCUCAUGCACAUGACUCCCAUUGACUUCAAUGGAAAGUACAAAUAUAUUCAGUGGCAACAGGAAUUAACUUUCGUGCAUGUAAACUGUGCAAUUUAAACUGUGCAUGGUAGAACAACAGUUAAAAUUAUUGCUGAAUGCUAUAUUUCUAAAAUGCAAAAUUAUGAAAAAACUAGGCCUGGCACAGUCGUUUACAAUUUUUUUGUAAAGCAUUAAAAGUAUCAUUAAAUUCUAAGAGCAAAUGGCAGAACAUUGGCAUUUCAAAAAGAAGAAAAAGACUAAUUACUAAGUCAUCAAAGGAAAAAUAUAGUUUUUUUCUACACUUUCAUUUUCUUCUAUUCAAAAAGGGCUAGAGACGAUUGUAUUAAAAUAUUUCAUUAAGCCUUGAGUUUUUAAAAGUCAAAACAAGCUGUUCAGUGUUUAAAUGUUCAUAAUAGAGAAAAAAAUAAAAAAUAAGUGUAAUCAGUAUAAUUACAGAGGAAGAAAAGAGAAGCUUUUGUUUCACUGAUGCCAAACAAAAUCUAACUCAUGUGCAUACUGAAUGGUUACAUCAUAUGUGGUCUUAAUACUGUAUCAACUACUAGUAUUAAUUAGAAUACACAAACAAUCCUAUUUAUAUAAUUAAUCUCUUCCAAACUAAACCAAACCCCAAAGCAAUACAAAAGAUUAAUUUAUAUUAAAAAAAAAAUUGGUCUUAUUCCACUGAAACACAUGAACUUUAUAUUUCUUAUCAUAUUCUUGCCACAUGCUUGCAACAACACUUCUGCCUUUAGCUUCAAUUUACAGAAUAAUUAGUAGCCAUUAACUGAUGGUUAUGCUGCAUAGCUUCCCACUGUUACCCUAAUAGAAAAGUAUUUAAAACAGAAAUUGAAGUAAAAAGAUUCAUUUUUUAAAGGAGAGAUAUGAACACAUACAUAUUAAUCUAAUUAAUAUGUUAAUAUUAAUCUAAUUUUGAAAUUGAUCUCACAAUGAGAAGUGCCUUUUUAGUUUUAAGGAAGAGUAUCUCCCUUUGAGGAGAAAGAGGGCUGUGGCAGCCCCAUUGCCCUAUCAGACCCAGAUGGAAAUGAGCAUCCAUAUAUGCAUAGAGUCUGUACCCUGGGAGAAAAUCAUAACUGAACCAUGCUUGAAAAAUCCAAAGUGUUGAACUUCAUUGAACUACUAAAUGCACCCAUCAGCUGAGCAAAGAUCAAGAGAGGGAAUACAUGUCUGGCUUGGACCUUUAAGGAGCAAUAUGUCCUAUCCAGCAGCACCUGGUGAAAUCAUGUUGUGUCACCGUCCUGAAUGAUAUUCUGAUAUUGCCUGUUUUAGGGCAUGUAUAUAGAGAGGUCCUGCCCCAACAGGAUACAGUUUCCAGAAGGAGGUAGAUCAUCACAGUUCAGACUCUCUGUGACUGUCCUACCUCCUGUGGACAUGUGCAACACAGAAACAAUUCUUGCAGUAAAUGGAGGAAACUAGAGACACAGGUCUGAUUCAGAUAGGUAUUAAUUUUUAUAAACUCUUUACAUGAAGAUAAUCAUUAAAGUAAGAAUUUCCUUUGGAAAAAAAAAGUACCUUGAAGCUAAUUUUACUUAACCAAAAAGUGCCACCCUGUUUGCAAAUAGGACAAUUUUGUCAGACCACUAAGAUGUACAAUUACACACAAAAAGCUUGCAGCAUCAUUUUUCAAUUUGUUUUCAGACAGCAAGGGGAAAAGAAGUUAGGCCUUUUUUUGAAUGUUUUUCUGUUUUAAACAUAACAAAAAAUGUAUGCCACAGCAAAAUACAGCUGCUAAGUUGAAUACUGAAGGCAGCAGUCAUCUGACAAAUCGUCAACAUCUUGAUCAGACCUGGGUUACCAUCCUGUUAGGAGGAGGGUUUUGGAGAAGCUGGUGUUCACAGCAGAUGAAUUGCACUCUGAAAGUGCUUUAAGGUAGAUGAGGUAACUCCCAUUCCGAGUAUGCCAAGUUUCUGACUUUCUUUUGCUAUACCCAGUAAUGCAAUGUAUGCUACAAUGAUUCUGAUAACACUGUAAUUCCAGAUCAGGGUCAAGUAGGAAUAGGCGAGAGGCUGCAGGGAAUUGAGUUUUGGGAGUGCAUGAUGCCAUCAUUAGGGUAUAACUCAUGUGGAAAGAGCUCAGAGUUGAUCUGUACUCUUAUUUCAUCCAUGACCUGCUCUGAUCCCCCACAGAAUAAUUUGGUCAAAAAGUUCACUCCUAGUCCUCUCAUUUCAAAUUAACAACAAAACAAGAAAGAAAUGCAUAACCUGAGGGAUUAUCAGUUGGUUAAAUUAUUUUUGCUGUAUUCACUUCAGUGGAGUUAUGCUAAUUUAUACCAGUGAAGAGAGAAUCUUCCCUGAGGUGUUUCAUUUAUUCUUGCUGUCAUACAAAAACUAUACCAAAUUCACCUGGUAAUUUUCCCCAAACUUUAUAAAUCAGUCAUCCCUAGCUAUUUUUGAACUUCCCUUUAAAGCAAAAUGGGGUUCACAUAGCUUCUCUGCAUGGAAGGACAUUAAUUCUUUCUAAUUUAUGAAGAUUUUAGUGAACAAAAUGAUGAUUAUAUCUACUAUGAUAUCUCAUAAAUAAAUACAACAGCAGAAUCAGUGCUGUUCCCAGUGAUUCCAUAGGAAGCUAUAAGGCAUAUUAACAAUAUGUCAAUAUGCCUAAAUAAGGACUAGAAAGCAGAUGAUAGCUCAUGUGCAUGCCAAGUUGCCAUGAUGCAAUUUGCAUCCCAGGAGACAAAGAAAUUAAUCAAAAGAUAGCAAGGCACACACAAAAUACUAGAACAAAAUUGAUAUGAUCCAUGCAAAACCAGCUUAAAAAAAAGUCAUUCUACUAGUACUUCCAUAGAAAAUAUAUUUUGCUGUUGAAGGACAAAGAGCUAAUAAAAAAAAGAGGAUAGUAAAACAUUUACAAGCUUAGCAACCUGUACAAACCCAGCCUCAAUGAGAGAGACCCAUGACAAAUAGCUCUCCCUACAUUCUGACAAAAAUACUUUUCAAGUCAUUUAAAAUUUUCAGACAAAAAUGAGAAAUUAUGUUAGGCCUAGAGAUAAUGACUAAUUUAGGCAAAUGAACAUACUGAAAAGCUUUCCGCCAAAAUGAAAUACAAUUUUAUGUUUUGUAUUACCCUUGAUGAAUGGCAUUUUAGUGCUUAAAUCACAUCCCCCAUUCCCUGUAAAACAAGCAAUCAACCCUGUAUCAAAGAAAGGAAAAAGGCCUCAUACAAACAGACUGAAACUUCUGCAAACAGCAAAAGAUUCUGGAGAGAGGCAAGAAAUGCUGUUAGAAGGUAAGAAAUUUUGUAAUUCCCUGGGAAAAGGAUUAGAAGGACCUCCUGAAUUAUCAAGGCCAGCAUCUCCUAACGCAGGCAAUCAAGCUAUUUCACUUUUAGUAAAUGUACCCAAAGCCUAAGCCCUUCUGAACGUAAUAAUCUUAUAAAAGUAUCGAACCUAAAUUUAUGCAUGACAAAAUGAACACAUCUGGUUCCUGUUCUCCUCUGACUCUUCUUUUCUGGCAUUUACACUGGAUAUGUUUUUACUAUGCAAUUAGACCUUCUCUUGAUAGACUAAGCAAAUCUGUUUCUUUUAACUCGUUCUAGAAAGAUUGGUUCUUCAUUCCCUGAUCAUCUUAGUACCACUUUUCUGCAGCUUUUGCAUUUUGAAAUCAUCUGAAGUCAAUAAGGUUAUAUGAGAAUGAAUCUGUAAUAGAAAGAAAUAGAAGAUGGUCUACGGGAUAGACUUAAUGUUACCCGUGUCUCCUAGACUGUAUUUGUUGCUUAUGGGGGGAAAAUAACACUGGGUUAAUAACUUGGCCUUUCUAGUCUCAUCACUUUCCUUUGUUUCCUCACAAACUGCUUUAUUAUUAAUUGCAAAAAGCAAAUCAUAAUAAAAUUGGAAUGCAGAAACUCAGCAGUGCCAAAGAACUUUCCCUAACCUCAAGGACAUUUUGCCAUUAGCAAAUGCCUCACAUAAAACUAAAAAUAAAUGUGGGGACUCUGAGCUUACAAGUUUUUCUGUCUAUAACUUCUCUACACUGCCAAACCACAAAAACCAGACAAGGGCAGUAACUUUAUCUACCGGCUAGGGCUCUCUAUUUCCUCUCCUUAAAGGUUAUAACAGCUUAUAAAUUAGCUUAUGCUUCAAGAAUUUACAAUGUAAAGCGAUAAACUCAUUAUUAUGUUAUUUCUGCUUAGCUUCUUUGUUCUUUUGAUUAUUCUUCAGUAUAAACAGGAAUGUGUAUCAGCACAUAUAACUUUAUGUUUCUUUGGACUGAUCCCUGAAGCCUUAUAAUUUUAUAUAUGGAAACAGAUGAGAAAUAGCCUCAAAUGUCAUAGUCAAAGUCUCAGCUCUCCCGGUUUUCCUUGUCUUUGGAAGACUGGACUGAAUUUUGCAGCCAAUGCCGAAAAGAGCUGAAUCAGCUCUGUUGCUAACUUGGGGUUGCACUGUUGUAUCAAAAUUUGCCACAUGAGAAAGAAGUCUGCCACAGCAGUGGAAAAAAAAAGGCAAAAGGACUUCAGUGAAUUCUUUAGUAUUUUCAUAGACUGAAGGGCUCAGAUUUUAACUAGUCUCAGACUGGAUCUUUCCUGUUUGCUCCUAUCCACCUGUGACAGCACAGCCUGGAUUCAUCCAGCUGAAGGAAAUACCAUUUUUAUCAGUUGCCCAACCGCACCGUUGCAAAAAAGCAGAUGCGGUAGCACAAAAACAUUAACUGCCACAUCAAUGACAAUGACUAAGGAGACAGGGACCACUUAAAUCAACUUAGCUUUACUAUGCAAUAGGUAACAGUUCUAGCCUUAGGAAAAUGUUGCACAUUUUUGCAGUUUAAGUCCUUUGCUGACCAGAACUGUGGCAGUACAGCCUGAGGAGGAAGGAAGCUUUCAGUCAGCACAGGCAUCUUGCUUAUUUUACUGUGAGUAUUUUAGACUUAUAUAAUAAUUCAAGUUGAAAAAGACCUAUUGGCAACCUGUUCUAAUAUUUGAUUCCCCUCACUAUGAAUUUUUUUUUACUAAUAUCUAAUAGGAUUUUUCUCAAUUUAACUUGUGUCCAUUGUUCCUCAUCUUUUCCCUGUGUACCUCUGAAAAGUAUCUGGCUCCAUCUUCUCUACAAUACCAAAAAAAAAAAAAAAAAAAAAAAACUUCUCUCAUUAGAUAGCUGAAGACAUCAGUAUAUGGCACGGAAAAAAGAGAGAAGCAGAAAUCUUGACACCUCAUAAUAUUGAAAGUGUAUAUUGUAUAAGAACUAAGAAAGACAUAUUCAACCCAUAAACAAAAGCAUGUGAUCAUGAUUGCCAAGUUAAUACCAGUAAGAUUAAGCUUCUCAAGAAUAAGAAGGCAUUUUAUUGAGAUAGGAAGCCCUGUAAAAUGUGUUUAAUAAAUGGAUUUUCUCUUUCAGUCCUGCUACCUUGCUCUGCAUUUUCCAACUCCAGAGCGAUGUUUCCAUCACACAAGAAGUGGAAAACAAUGAAAAAGAUUGAAACAGUUCACUGACUUUUGGCAUGCACAUUAUUAAGAUAAAACUCAUACUCUUCUUUCAGGCAACCUUUAAUGAAUUAUAAAUUUUUUCCCAGAAGGAGCAGUGAUUAGAUAUUGAUUUAGAAAAAGUAAAGGGAUGUGAUUAUAAAACAAACCAUAAAUGAAUCAAAUUACAACAAUAUGUGGAAUCUCAAUAUAUGAAGGAACGUAACCAUCCUACAUAGGCUACUCAGUAUUCCUCACAUUUUGAGUAGACUGAAAUUCCACCCCACCACGCUCCGAAGAGAGAGUGAGGACCUUAAAUUGGCCAAAUGCUGUAGGAGGCUUUCUAUACCCUCAAGAGAGGAGAAAAGGCUGCCAUUGGUGAAACCAUAACCGUCACCCUCAUCUACAAUUGGUUUGUUUUGUUGAUCACCACUACUGCAUUGUGCAUGCGAGGAAAAGAAAGUAUGAAGGAGGAAUAAGAUGAUCAGCAACUUUACCCUUCUCCCACACUGGACCCUUGCCUUCAAGGUGUGUGGGAUAUAGCUGCUUUCAUCACCGUGGGUUUCAGUGUGGAUUUAAAACAAAUUUAUCAACACCUACUUAAAGAAAAAAAAGACUAUCGGUCCUUGCCAAAGAUCCUUUUGCUACUGAUUCUUCAAUGUGCAACUACCUUCAGGGGAGUAAAAGGAUUGUCUCCGUCUUUCCAGCGAUGUGAGGAUGCAGUUUUCAUGUCUUCUCCCUCUGACUCACAGAAAGAGCACUAAGCUCUUUAGCACCAGUUUGAACCAAGAGAGGAUAAGAAAAACAUCAGACAGUCUCAGAAGUUUCUAAUUGGUUCUUAGUAUCCAGGAAAUACAACCUUCACCGAUGCCAAGGUGAAGAAAACCCAGCUAAUGCAGUCACAACUGGCCUCCAUUUAUUUUGUAUGGGCUUGCUCCUUCAAGAUUAAACUACCACUUUUUCUGAUCAUACAGUUGGAGUUAGGGGACAACAAGACGAAGUGAUACGGCAGUAGGUUUUAAAAUAAAAGGAGUAUCUAGUCACCUGCCCCAAGGCUCCUGCCUGUACUGAGUAUCAGGAGAAACAGGCAAGAGCCUGGUUGUGUAGCCAGCUCCAAGUACUUUGGGAGUGACAUGCUCCCCAUUUGCCUCAGAGAAGCAACAACUGUCUUGAUAUUCAGUCAGUAUUCCCUAAAUGAGUCUGAGGAAAGAGUGUUCAGUAUUUUUAACUCUUCAGCCUAAACUGCAACAUCAUAGAAAAGAUCAUCUCAUUGUGGCCUCAGAUUUGUGUAUUUGGGGAUGGCAUCUACCCAGAGCAACACAGUCCUGCAUCAGAGUAUCUUCAGGAGCUUCCACCUCAGCCUAGAGAAGAAUCUUAUAAGGCUGAGGUGGAAGAAUUAAAUUUACUGCUGAAUUAUGUACAAUGCACAGACCUCAGACGACUUGUAGUACUGUCAGGGAUGAGUAGCUUAAAACUAAUUCUGGGAUAGGUCAGUCCUUCUGACCAUACAACAGCAGCUGUACUCGAGGAACAGUCGGGAACCUUCUGCAAACAUCAAGGAUAACCCAGCUAGAAAGAGGGUAAUGUAAAUGCUUUAUGUGAGGUUCUUCAGAGAACAGCAGGACUAGCAUAUUAAGAUUAUGGUUAGGAUUGUGGCUAGGAUUAGUGGUCAGGCCAGUGGGGGAAAGCUAACCUUUUUAUCAGAGUCCACAAGUUCAGCAAGACUUCUUACACAUUAUUAAGCCAGGCCAGGAAUCUGUAUAGUUACAGAAGAGUUCUAGCCAGAAAUCUAAUUAGAAUUAAGCAAAGUUCAGGUUAGAAGUCAGAACUGUGGGUUUAAAAAAAACCCUACAUCCUGAAAGACCAAUGUGGCUAGGAUGAAAAAAGAUGCUGGCAGAAACUAGGCUAUGGUUACUGAUAGGGAGGUUAGCAGUUAUUUCAAGUGUGAUAGUCUAGGGUUUCAGCUAAAGUGAAAAUAAGAGCUAGAGACCAAACAGCUAGAUGUGUUACUGAACUGUUGAGACCUUGAAACUAAGGAUGGAGAACAGCUGAGAUGUGUCCUGAGGCAGGAAAGGCUCAAUAGCCCCUGGUGUUAAGCCCUAGAGUGAAGGUUAAGUGUACAUUUCAAAACAUUUGGAGUUUUAUGGUAGUUCUUGCAAGCUGCACAGCAGUCAGAAUGAAUUUGAGUACAGUAUGUUGCUGAGCUGUUUUAAUCCUAAUUCAGAUAACCCUCAAGUUCCAGCCUAAAUAUAUUCAUAGCCAAUUUAUAUUACUGUUGCAUUCUGUUAAUGAUCUGGUGAUUUGGGGAUCACUAUGAGUGUGUUUAAAUUAUUACAUAAUUAAAAUCAGCUUAUCACACAAAUAACCCUGUUGAUCUCUUCAAACCAGAUGGAGGGUCUGCUUGGGUCUUACAAUAUGGAACAGUUAUUUUGAGGUUGAGCUUCAGACAGCUCUGCAGACAAGUACAGCUAAGCAGUUGCUGUCAAAGAUGCAGGCAAGAGCCCAAGUUCAGCAGCACUGUUUCUGCCUUGCUUUCUCUGAUCCUUCUCUUCCCAUAAGUAAACUACUUCACAGCAAGAAUACAAAAGGACCUGACUUUGUAGAGCCUUUGAAACUUGUAAAAUUAGUACCUUCUAUCUAUACUCUCUCCACUACCAUUCAUCCCAUGUGCCUAUUUAUGUUAUCUAGCCGCUCCAGAUGUUUUAUGAGAUUUUUAAAGGACCAUGUUCCCUGUUAUAUACAUCCCACAGGAUUCUUUCGCCUCUCAUCAAAUAGAACUAAAGCAUACUCUUCCUUUUCUGACAAUGUUUAGACAAGUAGUGUUGUGGAUAGCUUCUAAACUUCUGGCUCUCCCUAACAAAGUAGAGCAAAUUAUAGACCCUUCCUUUUCUGGUGCAUCUUCCCUUCCCAUUCCUGGGGACAAGAUAUCUGUGAACCCACUUCCAACAGGUACAUGGCAAAGGGAUGCUCCAGCUCAGCUGUGAAAAGAGGAAGGUCUCAGUGUUUAAGUCCCCUUUUCUCUAAGUCAAGCACCUUAGGGUCUGAAAUCUUCUGGUGGUCUGCUACCCAGCUACACUUCAGCUGAACUUCUACUUGCUCUGUUGCCCUCUCUAGGCAACAUCAAGGCAGCAUCCAGUUGCAACAAAACCCAUUUCCAGGAUCCCCUUGGGAAUACGCAGAAAAAUUGUUCUAGGGUCACUUGGUUUACCGCUUCUUGAAGAAAAAGUCAUCUCUGGUUUCAGCAACAGAAUACAGGAAUUCUCGGUCUCCUAAAUCACAGUUGUAGGACUGAAAUCUGAGACAAGUAUAUCUCCUGCCUUAAUCAAGGCUUCUUAUCUUAGUUCAAACUGAACUAGAAUCCUUGUAUAGUCUUAAGCUUCUCAUGCAAGUUAUGAUGUAUCCCCAGUAAGGCGAUAAUGCAUUCAAGUGCCAAUUAUGACCAAAGCUUCCACAGCAGGAAGGUUUUGAAUAUCUAGUUCUUACUUCUAGUCCUCAUUUCUGUGAGGAUUCCACCAUCUAAUGUGGGUUCCUGUGUCCUUGCACACACUAAACGUCUCAGUUUUCCAGGAGGUAAAACAAGAAUUGCUGCUGUUCUUGCUGCUGUAAUUGUUAUAAAGGUCAAGAGCUGCUACUACUUCCAUCACUAAACACUCAUUAUUCAUUACUUCUUGGCCAUUUUGACUGCAUUUUACACUCUGCAUAAACUGGUUGUGUUCCCUGGUAACUAGCUCAAAAGGCAAGUGUACAGUUCCAAAAUACCUCAUUAUCCACUAGGAAAAAAAAAAAAGAGAAAAAGAAUUUCCACCAAUUUAAUCUUCAGAGAAAAUAAUUACCUUGCUUCAGACUUGCUCUUCAGAUCCCCCUUCUCCAGCUGACAGCCUCCUUGAUAUCAAGGGGUGCUUUAUCUAAAGCUUUCCUCACCUAACCUGGGGAACUUUGAAGACCCAAAAUUGAUGAUAAGCUCCACUGGCCUGAUUGCCCUCAACUGUACCUAUUUACGGUAGUCAGUGGAGCCAUUCACCCUUCUGAGACAUUUUAAAGGCUGAUACACUCUAUUUAAUAAUCCUAAUUCCUUUCUGUGAUUCCUAUGAGGAACAGCACUAAAACAAACAUCUCCCCUCCUCCACCCCUCUUUCUUACUAAAUGUCUGCAUCUUCUGGGUAAUUUCAAUGUGUCUGCUACAGCUUCACUACUUUCAACGAGAAUGCAUCUUCUUCAAUAGGUUUUUCACCAAUUACCAUUUGGUGUAGUUGUAUUAAAUUUGCCUUUCUCUUCCCAUUGGAACUAAAAACUUGAAGAAUUCAAAAAAAACCUAAAAGAUAUCUCUAAGCCCUGGUGUACAUUCAAAGUUAAAAUGAUGCAAUGUUAAAACAAUGUUAAAAACAAAGCCACCAGCACUGCGUAAAUCUUGAUGGUUUCAAACUAGUGUAGUUGUGUGGGGAGUAAGCAAAAAUUACUAAAGUAAUCAUCAAUGUAUAUAUUUGAUUUUCCCUGCUGCAUUCUGCAUUACCUACCACAGUUGCAGGGGUGAACAGCUUUGCUGUGAGGUGUGCAGCCCUGUUCUUUGUGCAAUUGCCUCUCUCAAGAAGAGCCAAUGUGUGCAAAGAGUUAUUCUGGAUAUGUGAUGGGGGUAACAACUGGGACAUUCACAUGCAAAAAUACUGCUAAGCUAAAUUAAC